UUCAUUCUUUUAUUUGUUUGUUUGCAUUUUGAAGUUAUUGUCAAUGGAAAAAUAGGCAUAGUGAGACUGGGGAGAGAAAGAAGCAGUGAAUGUCUAGCUGGCUUUUUAACUGAGACAAAUAUUCCAAAGACUGGACAUAUUUGGUGACGGAGUGGUGUUAAUUUUAAAAAAAAUUUAAAACUACUUUGAGUGCUCAGCAUUCCAGGAUGGCGGAAGAAGAGUUUUGAAUGAAAGGAGUCGCCAGGAAAUAGAACGUGUUAUGGUCCAGCAUUUCAACAUCGAGGCAUUUGAAGAGACAUUUAUAAAUGUCUCCAGUUAAAAAACAAAACAACAACAACAAACCCCACACGUAUAGAUACACACCCCAGCUGAAGGAAGGGCAGAAAAGUCUUCCAUUGUGUUUUGGCUCUGCACACUUUAAAAAGAGUUGUGUUCUUCUGGGAAGUUGAGAGGGAGCGGAAUUCCAGCUAGCGUUUAAACUCGGACUGCGGUAUUGUAUGGUGUUUGUAGUCUUGGGUGAAGACUAAAUAACAGGAAGCCCAGAGAAGUUCAGUGUGUCUCACUAACAGUAAUGCAGCUGCAAGGUGGUGAGCUACCGUUCUGCUGCUAAGGGCCCAGUGGUUAUGACCGCUUUUGCCUUGCCGUCCUCGUCUGGUGACUCGUGACUCUUCACCAAUCACGGCGGAAUCCGUCAAGCCCACGCUCUGCAGGGUUGUCAUCUACCUACAGAAGGAGAUGUCGGGGGACACGUGUCUAACCACCACCCUUUGUCCAGCUGCAGGGCCCAAGCCCAAAACUUGCAGCUUCAAAGGCGGCAGCCUUGGUAACAAGUAUGUGCGACUGAAUGUUGGGGGCUCUUUAUAUUACACUACAGUACAAGUACUGACCAGGCAUGACACAAUGCUUAAGGCCAUGUUCAGCGGCAGAAUGGAGGUGCUCACAGACAAGGAAGGCUGGAUCCUUAUAGACCGUUGUGGGAAGCACUUUGGAACAAUUUUAAACUAUCUCCGAGAUGACACGAUUGCACUUCCAAAACACAGACAGGAGAUCAAAGAGUUGAUGGCAGAAGCCAAAUACUAUCUCAUUCAGGGCUUAGUGGACAUGUGCCAAGCAGCCCUGCAGGACAAGAAAGACUUGUAUGAACCUGUCUGUAGCAUCCCUAUUAUCACAUCUCCAAAAGAAGAAGAGAGACUGAUAGAAUCAUCAAUGAAACCUGUUGUUAAGCUGCUUUAUAAUAGAAGCAACAAUAAAUACUCCUACACCAGUAACUCAGAUGACAACUUACUGAAGAACAUAGAACUGUUUGACAAACUAUCUCUCCGAUUCAACGGCAGAGUUCUUUUCAUUAAGGAUGUUAUAGGGGAUGAAAUCUGCUGCUGGUCUUUCUAUGGACAGGGUCGGAAACUUGCUGAAGUCUGUUGUACCUCUAUAGUGUAUGCUACAGAGAAGAAGCAAACCAAGGUUGAAUUCCCUGAGGCACGAAUUUAUGAGGAAACACUAAAUGUCUUGCUAUAUGAAACACCACGGGUUCCUGAUAACUCUCUGCUGGAAGCAACAAGUAGGAGCCGAAGCCAGGCAUCUCACAGUGAGGAUGAUGAGGGUUUUGAACUUCGUGACCGAGUGCGCCGAAUCCAUGUGAAGAGAUAUAGCACCUAUGAUGACCGUCAGCUUGGCCACUAGCAUAUCAGUCGAGGAGUAAGGGUUUGGUGUCAAGGCUUGUAUCGAUAUUCUUUGAGGGAGAUCAGGAAGUAGGGAGGGAUCAGUUGGACUCUGGAUUGAUCUUCAUUUGGCUUCUUGGCUCCCUAGAGAAGCAAAUGGGCAUUUUGUGCGCACAAAGCAACACUAAAGGCCAAGGGCUUUGAGAACUAAGAUGUUAAUUUUGCACCAUGUGCUUUAAAUACAGACUGGCCCCCUUUUCAUGCCACGUGAGGAACGGAAUUCAGAACACUGAUUCUGACAGUUUGUGGUUGCUCUUGCAUAUCUAAUGACUUGCCAGUUUUCUUACUUCCUGUGAGAAGUACUGCUUUUCCUGAAUAAGAUGGUGUGAUUUGAAAAAUCUUUUUCCAGAUACCUGCCCUUUUAGGGUUUUGUAUAAUGGAACUUCCAGUUUUUAAAUGAAGAUACUGAAGGGGGGGUGGAGAGAACUUGAACAUGACUACUCAUAGUAGUAGUGCAAACACUACAUCUGAUAACCCCCCAGAAGAAAUGGUUAGGUAUCCAGUAGUCAGAUGCACUGCACAGGUGAUUUCUCCCACCUCUUUCCCCCAGUACACGUACAAAAGUUUGUAUUCCAAGAUAGCUGUCUAAAACUCAUUAAUUCUAAGGUAAGCUCUUCCAAAGAGGUAAGAGUCAAGUCAUCAGAAAAGCUGCCCUUGUGAAAAAUGAGAAAACUUUGAAAAUUUAAAUAUGUAUGUCAUGAUUUGUCUUGGGAGAUGGGGAAAUGGGUAUGGUGAAGGGAGAAACUUCCUCAAGUAAGAAAACUUGAGGAAUAAAUUGUGGCAGGGUUGCCAUUGUUUAGGCUUGUGAUAGUCUAAUCCUGUUUAUAUAAAAACAACGGCAAUCUGGGGAAUUAGUUUUACAUUAGUUUCCUCCUGUGGCCCAAAAGUGCUAUUUAAUGUUAAAUUUCUCAAGCAGCAGGGGAAAAAUUGCAGUGACUGGGGAAGUACAGUCUAAACGUUUUAUAAGGCUAGAUAAUGUUCACAUACUGAAGGGUGAUUUCAAGUUUUGUGCUCUGAAUCCCUUCUAGAGCAUAGAAUUUGAAGUGGAAAAAGAAGAAUAGUCAUAGAAAUUUUGUUCUAGCAUGAAACUGCAACAGGCUUUGGACACAGGAGAAAAAUAGCUUAUACUAAAUUUUAAACUGAAAUAAUUACUUUUAUUCUGAGUGCUUGGCUGGGUGCUAAUUGUAAAGGGCCUUUGAAAAGUUUGGAGUCAAGGCUGCUCUGCAAAUUGGGUGUCUGGAAACAGUUUCAAGUUUAGUAGGAAAAGGUGUUACUGUAUUUUUAAAUGUUUGCUUGUAGGUUUCAGCUGUAGGUUGCAGAUUCAAAUUUUACCACUGUCAUAAACAGUUAUUACUUGAUGGCUGUUCAGUGGCAGCUAUGGAUAUGUGACAGUGGUGGAGCAUGCUCCACAACUGCUUUUAUGCUCCCAUAUUGUACGUGAACAGGGAAGCUUCGGAUUCUGCAACGGUUAGUCUUGAACUGCUUUGACUGGUGCCAAAUCUACCUAUAAGUUUUAAAGCAUAUUACUGCAAAAGCCUGACAAGAGGUGAAGUCAUAAGCAGAAUUAAGAUGGUAGAUGGUUUGGUAGUAAUAGAAGCAGGGGAGGGAACAAAAAAAUUAUUUUCACUCAAUUAGGCUUUUGAAAAUGAAAUUGUUGAGGCUUGGUAAGAAAACACUAAUGGCUGCAAACUUUCAGGACUUUAUUGCCUAGCCAGACCUACAUGUGGCAGGCAUUCACUUAGCUCUCCUUACAUUUGGGAAGUAGCGUUGCCACAGUAAUGCACCUGCCUUUUUUUGAAAGGCCUCUUUAAAACUCUGAUAACCUCUUUUCUUUUUAUCUUGCUUUCUGUAAGUUGUUUUCCAGCUGGUUUUUCUAUUGUGCCAGUGAAAAUACAGCUACUGAAAUUAGUUUUGACGAAGGCUUUUGUGUUUGUUUGGGGUUUUUUUUCUUUACUUCUGCUAGAGUGU